GAAACGCGUUCAAGGUCACCGCGCGUCGUCGUUUCCCUCCGCGCUCGGCUCUCGUCGUAAACAAGACUCGCUGACGUGAAGACAACAAAGUGCAAACCAAAAACAACAAACGUCGUCGGUUAAAUUUGGAAAACAUAGAUACAACGACAAAUCAGACGCUCGUUGAUCAUUGCCGUAUCACACACUCACACGGCCGCUAUAACGUCGACAUUACGACAUAAAAUCCAACCGUCGUAGUAAUAAUAUUUGAAUUUUUCGGAAAAGACAACGAGAAACAUCGCAACAUGAAUUUCGACGGGAAAAAUGACGAAUCAGCACCAAACAAAGAUGAGGCAAAGCAUGGACGGCAUGAUGCUCAUAAACAUCAUGACACAAUGGGUGAAAUUUUACUAGGCCAAGGAAUACCUAGUAAUAAGAAGGACAAUCUUGGAGUUGAUUUAUCAGCACAAGACAAAGAUGAGGCAAAGCAUGGACGUCAUGAUGCUCAUAAACAACACGACACAAUGGGUGAAAUUUUACUAGGCCAAGGAAUGCCUGAUAAUGUGAAGAACAAUCAUGGAGUUGAAUUGGUUGAUGACAAAAUGAAAGAAGUAAAUCCACAUGAUGAAAAAUCGUGCAUAUAUCAAUUUGAUGAGUAUGGCAACUGCGUGGAACAAGAUCUUAAUAUCAUCACAGCUCCACUUAAUAUUUAACAACCUACAUAUAUUAAAAUGUUUAUUAUCCACAUUGCUACUGCACUGCUGCAAAAUAUUUAAUUGCACAAUUUCAUACUUAAGCUAUAUUUUUUUUUUUUGGUAUACCUACUGGAAUAGGCGUAAUAAUCGUACAUUUUAAUUUUAUUGAAUACAUACUUUUGGCAUUAAAAAUGUGUUAUAGUUCUUUAUUGUUAUAUGCUAACAUUACCUAAACAGUUUAAAGUGGCCUAACUACAAAUUAAACAUGUAAAUCAAAAAUAGAAGACUAAAACCAGUGCUUGAUCUAAACUUAGAUUAACAUUUUUUUAAUUGUAUAUUCUUGCUUUCAUAAUAUAUCCAUGGUAAAUUUGCUGUAAGAACAAUAAUCCUUUAUAGAAAUCAACAAUAAUAUUACAAUUUUAAAUAGGUAUCUGUAUUUUAUUUAUACAUUUUACUCCAAAUGGUAACUGACGAAAACAAACUGUAUGAUAAGUAAAUUUAGGACUUCAUCAAAUUAUUUAAAAUAUACCUAAAUUAGAGAACCCUGUCCACAAUUUGUUUUCUCUCGCACACAACAGGCAAAUUUGUAUUCAACAUUACCAAUCUUGUACUGUCAGCUUAAAUAUAAGAGCGAACUAUAACAUUUUGAUGUUUCAACUUAGUUAUCUUUCCUUUUUGAAAACCACUACGUUUUUCAUUUCAUUUAGGUAACGAAGCAGGAAACUAUAAAGUUCUAUAAAGAUUAAAUUUCAGAUAAGUAGUUCGUUAGUUAGAAUUAGAUAGAUAUAAUGUUGAUGACUUGCACUAUUCCUUUGAUUCUAAAAAUGCUAUCUUCGCUAAAAAUUUGUUUUGUGCUCCCUUGAUUCAGAUUAUAUUAAUUUUAUUUUGCAUUUUUAACCAUAAAUGCUUUUUAUGUUUUAACAUCAUUUUUUUUCAUAUUGGAAAUUUAUGUGAUUUUUAUACACUGUCAGACUUUUUUUCAA